GGUGACGAAGCGCAACUCAGCAUCAGCCCGUAACUUGCGCCGAUUUGUCCAUUUCCCUCCCAAGCAGCUUUGAUAUACUGGAAUUGGUCUGUUAAUUGCUGUUCAAGAUGCCGGCAUACAACUCCGUUUUCAACAAUGAUCCCAACAUCCCCCGCAUAAUCGGCAACUUCCCUCUCCUCCCUCUCCGUACCAAGACCAGAGGCCCUGCCUACACCCUCCCCAACCCCUCGCCGCCUCUGCCGGCCAACGAGUCUCCCGACCCCGACAGCGAGAGCUACGAUAUCCUCGACGAGGUCCUCGCCCUCUUCCGCGCCAACACAUUCUUCCGAAACUUUGAGAUCCAAGGCCCUGCCGACCGUCUGCUCGUGUAUGGAAUCUGGUUUGUCAGCGAUUGUCUGACAAAGAUCCGACCUCAGGCUUCUCUGCGUGAUGCCCAGAAGGAUGUUUUAAACUUGGCUCUUGACCUUAACUUUGCUAUCCCCGGAGACCCUGCAUGGCCCCUUAACCAGAUGUACGAGCCCCCUAGGGACCGACAAGAAGCGGAGCAGCUUAAGCAAUAUAUGUCGCAGGUUCGACAGGAGCUUGCUUCUCGAUUACUUGCUAGGGUAUAUGAUGAGGACGAGACUAAGCCUAGCAAGUGGUGGUUGAGCUUUACCAAGAGAAAGUUUAUGGGCAAGUCUCUGUAGAGUAUUAGCAAGAUGGGUCGAGGAAACACAUUUUAGAAGACUAUCACCGAAUCGAGGAGCUGGCGUCAUACAAAAUACAUUUUCAGUACUUACUUGACCUAUCGCUGUGUGUUUCUCAAUUCUUGGAGUGUCAGAACACUUGAAGUCGUUCCAUCAAGCGGCAAAAUACAACACUUAAAAAGGCUGCGAAACUUACCAUAAAAAUC